CGAAUCGGCCGAGUCGCGUUCGCCCGCGGCUCUUGCCGAGCCGAUAAUAUGAUCGAGAGGAAGAGCUGCGUUUUCGCCUUUCGCCUUCUUGGACUGCGCCCCUCCGUGCCCGUUCCGCUGCCAGCCUCCAUUGUGCCCUGCCCGGUCCUUCCUCCAACCGCCGCCACCUCAGCCACCAUGGCAGCUGUAGACACCAAGGCACUCGACGGCCCUUCCGUCACCCUCACUGUCCGCCUGAUCAUGCAGGGAAAGGAAGUGGGGAGCAUCAUAGGAAAAAAAGGGGACAACAUAAAAAAGUUCAGAGAAGAGAGCGGUGCCAAGAUCAACAUCUCGGAUGGGUCAUGCCCCGAGCGCAUAGUCACUGUCACGGGUUCCACAGAGGCCAUCCUGAAGGCCUUCUCGCUCAUUGCCCGCAAGUUUGAAGAGAUGUUGUCUCUGCUCUGCCUUCCCGUGCAGACGGUGGGGCCCACCCUGCAGGAGCUGCAAAGCAAUGGAAGCCACCUGCCCAAGCCGCCGGUCACACUGCGCCUCAUUGUCCCCGCGAGCCAGUGCGGCUCCCUCAUCGGCAAGGGAGGCUCCAAGAUUAAGGAAAUCAGAGAGGUGACGGGUGCUUCCAUUCAGGUGGCCAGUGAGAUGCUCCCAAAUUCCACCGAACGAGCCGUAACUGUUUCUGGUACUGCUGAAGCCAUCACGAAAUGCAUCUACCAGAUCUGUUGUGUCAUGAUGGAGUCUCCUCCAAAGGGAGCGACAAUACCAUACCGUCCAAAGCCAGCCAUGCCACCAGUGAUAUUUGCAGGCGGUCAAGCCUACACGGUUCAAGGGCAAUAUGCAAUUCCACAUCCUGAUCCGGGCUCAGUGCCGGCCCCCACCGCCUCCAAUAUGGCAGGCGUCAAACAGGCGACCAACCUGUCGUGCCCCUCGUGUUUCUUUGUUCCCGCCCCGCAGCUGACCAAACUGCACCAGCUGGCUUUGCAGCAUGCUCCGCUGCUUCCAGGACACAGCGUCGGGGCCAUCAACCCGCAAGACGCUUCAGUUCAAUGGCGAUGCAAGACAGGCCCUCAUUACAUGGCCCAAGGUCAUCUACACCCACAGUGCUGGCACUCUUCAGACAUAAGCGCGCUUGCAGCGCUGGCUACGACCAACAACUUGCGGCCCAACACUGCAGCUGCUGCUAUUGCCACUGCAAGCACCACAACCACUGAAAUGACCAUCCCCAACGACCUCAUAGGGUGCAUCAUCGGCAAAGGAGGCUCCAAAAUCAAUGAAAUCAGGCAGCUUUCUGGGGCAACAAUAAAGAUAUCAAACUCUGAAGAGGGGUCCAAAGACAGAACAGUCACCAUCUCAGGAACGCCGGAAGCAAUCAACCUAGCGCAGUACCUCAUCAACACCAGCAUUCAGAAUGCUCAGCUACCUUUGCUCUGGAAGAACAUGGCCGUCGCUCCACUGAACUGAUCUCUCUCUGUGCCUCUCAUUGGAGGAGCUCCAGAGGUUACCACCACUUUUUCUGCUACUUAACGGAAGAGAGCAGGGCCCCAGUAUUUCUCCUGAAGCAAGCAGGAAUGCCAUGCAGAUUUUUAUCUCAUGGUGACCAGACUUGUAAAAACAGACACACCAACAGAAAACACCCUUGUUCCCCACUUUCUCGGACGCGAGAGAACGCACUCGUUUGGCGUGUCGCGAUGGCUUGGAACCUCUUCUCGUCAAGCAUGUACACCUUUUUUUUUUUUGUUACUCACUGCACUGAGCCUAGGAAAACUGCACGUAGUGGGUGCAUCGCACCGUUUGUUCCUUGUGCGCUCGUCUCUCACAAACCAGCACUGCACCGUAGCUGCAACACAGCAUACUGAUCUCGUUAUUUCUUUAUUUUAGAUUGUGCAGGCAACUGCAGAUUUCUCGCUUAUACCUGGUCUUUACUCUGAAACUUAGUAAUGGAAGCUCUUUUUUCCAUAUGUGUGCGUGCAAUACGGGUUUUGUGUGACAUGGUGAAUCAUGUUGGUAGGUUUAGACAUGACCAUGCCAAGAACUCUUAAUGAAUGGCGAAAAUUACAGUCGAGAAGUUUUUCUGACUGUUACCAUGGGAUUAUUGUGGGCAAGUAGCCAGAGUGCAGCAUAUUGUGUGUGCUGUUCCUAUUUACCUCUUCAAAGAAUUGUUUGUGUGUCAAUCUGAGGAAAGUUGAGUGAAUAUGUAGUGGACUGCUUAUAUCGGAUAUUUUUGCUAUGUUUCUGCUGCCAUUGAGAAGAACGUCAGCUGUAUGGGCGCACAAACUGACUGUAGUUCAUGAUUUGGUGCCAAACUUUCCAUCAUGUACUGCACUAUACUCAUAGACUGGAAUAAUGCUUAGACAUUUAGGCUUGUUUUGUUUUCUUUUUUUUUUCUCAUUCAUUUUUAUACAAUGCUGUUUUUAUCUAUUUGUUACGGUUGUGGCCCUCAUACCUACAUUUUACAGACAAGGUUACGAUAGCUUGGGUUUUCAACUGCAAUAGCUAAUCUUAGCAACAGUUACACUACAGUGCACCUUCAAAACCUCUUGGUGAAUUCUAAUAGACUGUGUGGGCGGGGCCAACAUUCUGCAGUCAUUCGUGGUGCCUUUGGCAUCUUCGAUUACAAAAAAAAGAAAGGUACAUGGAUUAUGCGAGCCUUGCUGUUAAUGCUGCAUGUUUGUUUUAACCAGGCAUAAAACAGAACCUCCUAAAAUAAAAAAAGGAAGACUUUCUAAUGGCAAUAAAGCACCUAGGAGUGCUGCAGGGCUUUUUUAUACUCAUGUUUAAAUUUGCCAAGUCAGCUUUUUUUUUUUUUUCCUGUGGCACAUCCUUGAAGCCUAAGUCUUCAUUUACUUCACUCAAAAAUGAUUGUUGUGGCAUGAUUCUUGUCAUUUUUAUGCAGGAGAAAGUUAUUAUUAAGGUAAAUCUUUAUUUCGAUUUAGUAAUAACACUGUAUUCAUUCGAUAGGUAUCAAUAAGCUAAUGUGUUAUGUUGAUCCAUAUAAUAACAUUGCAAGGUCACGAGACUCUUUACAUGAGUGGGAGAUUAAAUGAUGAAUCAGCAGAUCUUUGAGAGUACUGUAUUACAAUUAAGUGCCACAUUCAAAAUCUGCUCACAAGAACAGCUAGCAACAAAGUUGUCGGCAAUGUAGAAGCUUUUACCGAGAACAGUUGCGUGUAUUCUGGAAAGCAUCUUUUACUGUGUUAAAUUGUGGGUGUCACAAUGCAACUACUAUUUGUUGUUUUAUGUAGUAUCUCUUAUAUUUAUCUUUUCUCUAGAGCUUGUCAAAGCUGUUAGUUAGAUUAGCAUGAAAACUCAAAGCUUAGGUGGUGUCCAAACUCAUGCCAUGAAGGCAGUGCCCUCUGAAUAUCUGGAUAUACGUAUAUGGACAUUGAGGCCAUUUUGCUGCCUGUACCAUGCGGCAAAAGUGAUUGCAAAAGCAGUAAAUGCAUUGUUCAUGUAAAUGUUUGGACACAAUUUAUUGUAAGCAAAUUUGUCUACAAAUUCUUUUUAGUAGUCAUAAAUUUUGUAUUGUAAAAGUGCAUCAGUGUGCUAAUGCACUGUACUCUGCAUUGCGCAUUGCCUUCUACAGACAUCAAUGCCAUGUCAUUAUUUAAGGAGUGCAUAUGCUGUAUCAGCCAUUUCAGCAAAGCUUAUUUCACGCAAGUUUCAUGUCAAAGUGAUGCCACAAUGAAAUCUGUGAGCAAUCUGUUCUGUUUUGCAAAUGUUAGCAAGAAUUGGGCGUUAGAAGCCAAACAUAUCAAGUGCUGAAUGCCAAGCUCGAACAUAAACAGUGUCAUGUGUAGUGUAUAUGAGAUAGGUCAAAUUGUGUGUAAUGCGAGAUUUGACAAGACUGUGCCUCUGUUGUUGUGUUGUGUGUAGAGGUCUCCCCUGUGCGCAAGGUAACCAAGACUUGGCUAGAUCUAGUUGAUCCUCUGUGAAGCGUGCAUCGGUUCUAUUAUAUGCACUGACGUACAUGUUGUUCAAGUCGAGGAAUGCCAAAAGUUUGCUGUCUACCGUGAUGUACCGUGCGAUUCACCGGCAACAUUCAAAGGGCAGAACUGUGGCAGUAUACUAGAGGCAUGUACAUUUAGUUUAGGGCUUCGUAGUAAGUUUUAUUAUUACUUUCUUGUUGCUCAGCACUGGUUGACACUAUAGGUUACUCUUGCUGGGGUUAAUUUAUCAGUUAUGGAGGCCUGAUACACCAGCAGUAACCUUGAAAUUAAAGCGUAAUGACAUCUCGUAGAGAACAUGAUCUGCGCAAGAUUUGCAAUGGCGAGGACACAUAUCAGAAAGCUACAAUGCAUGAUUGUACUUUGAUACAAAGCUUAAGAAGAAAGGGGAGCAACCGUAAAGGACUUGUGCUUUAGUAAUAAUCGUGAAAAGACAUACAUCAUCACAGAUGUGCGGAGAAAAUCCUUUUCCCAAAAGACGUUUAGCAUCCCUUGUUUAACGAACAAAAGGCAUAUCCUUGGAACAAGUACAGAAUGACGUUGACUUUUUAUUUUCCAUAUUAGUAUCACACUGGCAUGAUUCCUGUCUUUGGUGGCCACAUUGGCCAUUGAAACAACCUUCAUCUUGUAAAUUUUUCUAUACACAUGGAGUAUAUAUGUGAAUAUAUAUGACAUAGUAUAUGUAUACAAUGGAAACGUCACUACAGUCAAACUAUGCACUUUCAUAAAUGUACAAAAUGAGAGAUACAAGACAGGGCAGCAUAUUCUGUAGCAUUCAGACCUGCUUUAAACUUGUGAAUCCUGGUUUUGUUGUGUGAGUUUUCGGUUGAAACCCUCGGGGAGAAAUCUGAACAUUUGUCGGCUAAUGCUAGAUUCUCAUUACGUCAGCACGCAAAAGUAGCGACAAAUAAUUCAGAGAACCCCAACUGCUAUGUUGUGUGCCAAGUUUUGUACCUUGCUUUUGCAUUUUUUGCAUCAUUGUUUUUAGAGGAUUUGUUAACAAUUUGAAGAGUAACCCUUAUUGUUGUUGUUUCUUUCAUUGGGUUAUAUUUCCUAGCAGAAUACUUUCUGCUUCUUUUCCAAAUCAAGGCUUCUGGUUAGUGUUAUGACUAGAAUUGCUCAGAACUAGUUUUCUUGGAUUUGUUUCGUUUGAUAUACCUGUUACUGAACAUCCGUGUGUUGUGUGUUGUGUCAGCAGAUAAUGCCAGCCCCGAAUUUGGCCCAGGUGUAUGCCUUGUCAAUGUAGUGUGCACUCAAACCAGAAGUCUCCGGAUGAGGACCAUAUGUAGUUUGUUUUUUAUGGUGCUAGAGCAACGUCAUACUGACCCCCUCCAAGGCAAAUGCUGAUUGCGGAAGAAGAAAAAAAAACCUGUUUCUAUUCUAGUCUAUAACAUGUUGCAGUGGCAAUGUGUCGCAGUAAUUUUACUUGUACCUCCCGAGUGUGCGGCACAUGUGUGAUGCCGUUUUAAGGAACCAGUGGGACGAGUCCGCAUUAUGCAGUAGCUAAUCUGGGGCUUAGUUGUCCUAAAGCAUACUUGUCUGCGUUAUGUGCCGUUGCAAGCUAGCAAACUAGCAAAGAUAACAAAAAGAGGAUCUCAUGUGAUGCAAUGUCAAGGUGUUAUUCUCAAACGUACAUCUGUUGCGCUAGAUCUCACCAUUAAUAGUCAUUGUUUAGCUUAGUGCCUCGAUAAAUUUUCACUCCCCCCUCCCCAUUUUUUUUUCUUUUACCUGAAUGAUCUCUAAAUAACGUAAAUUUUUAUUUUUCGAGAAAACUGUGACGGCAGUAAAGCGUGGACUUCAGAUGACGUUAACAAACCCUCAAUGCGAGGUGCUUUAGAGAGCUCAAAGCUAUUAUAAUUGUACUUCUCAUAGUAUGUUUGCUGGCAAAGUAUAUUCGUAGUUUUUAUGCUUUCGAAAUGUUAGCUUAAAGUGCUGUGGCAGUUGCGAAAACCUUCCUCCACUAUAUCCCGCGAGUACUCUUUUCCCAGUGUAACUAUAGCGUGCUAGAGUAAUUCUAGUACACUAUAACUGUAACCGGACCUUUGAUCCUUCGUCAUGUGCUUGCUCUUCCUCUCUCUCAAUUUUGUGCCACGUCAACUCUUGUAAACACGUAUAAGUCAGUUUAACGAGAUGUUUUGAGUCAUGCUCGGAGUAUUGUUGACUGCACUGUUUUACAUUCUUGCACUGCGUGCCCUCAAGGUUCGCCUGCAUUGUCUGCUUUUUUUGUGCGUGUGAUAAAGAGGUUAAUUCGUAGCUUUUAACGGACUUUUUGAUCUCAGGCAUUGAACCCUUGUAGCUACCUAAUAGUUCUGUGCGCAAAGCAAAUGCUUCAUUCUUGCUUGCUUUUUCUUCUUUCUUCACUUUCUCUCUCACUCAGUCAAUAACAUAUCACAUACUAUGCAGCACAGACUCGCAAUACACUUAUGUCGGUAAUUACAUUUGCUUGAGAUUUAAUUGGCCUUUACCUCAGUUAUUUUCUAUUUGCACUUUCUUCACGCUGUUUAAGUCUUUAUUUGAAGUCAACGACCACUGCUCCCUUUUAUCCUCCGUGCACCAAGCACUAGAGCAAUAGUAGCAAUGUUUUCUUGUAGCGUUGAUGAGGCCAUUGAAUGGUGUUGAAUUUUUCACCACUGUGUACUUCGAUGGACGCGCACGUUCGCGCCGCCUGCGAGGAGAUAAACAACACGAGUGAGGCAGAUCUUGUCAAAGCAAGCCUUGUAGGGGCGCGGUUGGAACAGUCGCAAUCAGGGCGAUAAUGCUGCUCAGGCGUAUAUUAUUCACGCAAGACGUGGACGGCUUUUUGCCACGCGCAGAAUAUUCUUUGGAAUGUCGUCCGAGCUGCUCCUAACGGCUCGCUGGGGUCUUGUACAGUGGUCUUGUUUUUUGAGGCCACCUAAUUAUGCAGACACAUAGCUGCCAAGUUGACACGGGCAUUUACGCGAGCACGGAAUGCACCCACUUUUUUUUUUCUUUCCCGAUCUAACACCCGACAAACAGAUGAACCCCUCCUUAAAAGCUCUCUUUACCACACACAUGCAGUUUUUGCGGGAAAGCAUUCCAUACUUUUUGCAGGCAACAUUGACGAUUUCUUUUCCGAAACACCCACACGGUUUCUACUGCUUUUUUGCUUUCUUCUCUACUUGCUUUAGUAAAAUGUUUUCGCAAUGCAUAAAACGUGCAAAGGUUGUAUUCAAUGGCUUUGUUAAAUGCUCAACAUUGAUUGCUCCGUCGUUCUCUGAAUGUUUUCCUUCGGACACGUGUUUCGCUAGUUGAUUGAAGUUUGUCGUCGUCGCAUUGCACAAGAGUCGCUUUUUUUCUUUUUCCUUCUGUCAGCGUGUGUAUGUGUGUGAAACUUUGCAAGUAUAUUUAAUUGUUCUGUGAUAACAAGUUUACUGAGACACUGUUCGUGUUAUAUAUCUCUAUUGUUCUUUUGAAUGCAUAAUAAUUAAAUGUUUGUUGUUUUUUUCUUUAUGAACGUUAAAAACUGCAAUUUAGUUUAUUGUGGCAGCUGUUUCUCUUUGGGUGAAGCUGUCACGAUUAGCCUUCUUUUUUUUUCUUUGUCGUCUUUUCAGUAAUCUCUCUGAUUGAUGAGAAGGCUGUGGUCUCUCAAACGCGUCAGUUUCGUUUCUAAGUCAAAUGACAGUGUUUUCUUUUACUUUUUCCAGAACGUCGCAUUUAACGCCGCAGUCAAAGCAAGGUUAAGGCCAAAAGAAAAAAAAAUAAUGUCUUUCUCAGAUCGAUUUGCUUUGUAAUGUUGUAGACAUAUAUAUGCACGCGAACUGCGACGUUCGAGCAAGAAAAAAAAAAAGGUUGUAGCGCAGGCGGGGCGUUCCGCACGCGACAGAGAUGGGCGCCUCCGAGUAUCUAGUCAGUUGGCCCACACAGAUGUCAUUGCAUGCGCCUGUAGCCUGUGUGCGUGUAUGAGUGACUGUUGUUUCGUGCGGUGUUGUACAAGCUCUUAUCUGUUGACACUGUGCGGCCACGGUUAGUGAAAGGUACGCGGGUCGUGGACACAUGCGCCACUUUCUCCGUUUUUUUUUUUUUAUCUCGAUAGCCAGUUUUCAUAGCAAUGACGUUCUCGCUGCUACGCACAGCGGCAUUGGACCUUCCCCCACCGAGUUUUCAUGCGUGCACAGCUUGCUUUGGGCGUGCAUAGGGUGUCCCGUACGAGCGCGGGUGCAGACAAGAAAUGACGAACGAUCUAGUUUUGCGCAACUUGCCAGCAUAUUUUCAUGAAACGCUAGUCACGGUACAGUUUGGAUGCACCAUACCGGAGCCCUCAUUGCUCUCGGUUGUCGGAACGCACGCGCCAACUCUCGUAUGAAUGACGACACGACAUUUUCACCACCAUCCCUCUAAAAACCCAAGCCGCCAAGUAAACUAAAUGUCACACAUAGACCCGACACCAACCCUAUAACGCAAACUUCUUCGCUAGGGGCUGCUGUGGCAUACUCACGCUUUACCCUCCCAUGACAGUUCAGUGCUGAGAUGCUUGGAGGAUCGCUUUCAAGAUUUUGGAAGCUCGCUGGCGCCCCCAAAAAAACUGCGAUCGCCGUCGCGUUGCGGCACAGUGGUUUUCCUCCAGGUGUCGUCGUAGUCACUUUAUUUUAAAACGCUGCGCGUGUACCCAGUCGGCUUUCGAGAAACCGCUGGAGAAGCAGCAGUGACGUGGUGAUGACGCGUUGUCCAGUUGUGACGUCGUUUUCCUGUGUUCCCCCGAUUGCGUGGCAUUUAAUUAGUCCCACAGUGAGCACACUCGUCAUCGCCUCUUGUUUCCCGCCUUCCCCAACUCUCACCCGAUCGCAAUUUUUUUUCGGAAACCGGUAAAGAAAGAAAAGAAGAGAAAAAAAAAGAGCAUACACAUAGAAUUAAAAAAAAAGCACGCUGUACUGAAGCGCGCUCGGUGCAGUCCUUUUGUUCCGAGACUGCAAGAAGCGUGGUAGUCCGAGUUACAGGGUCGACAUACAUACACUUGUACAGAUCUUGUUUCAAGCCAAAGCUGUUGCCCCCUUAACCCGCGUUGCGUACCAGUGUGAGAGGAAGCGGCGCAACGGAUAUUGCACGCAUGUUGCCGGUUGAGUUUAUAUUUUUGUUGACCUGUGGUUGUAGAAAACCGCUGCCGAUGUGUGAUGGUGAUGACUGGUCUCGAAGGAAGGUGGGGGGGCAACGCAUCUCAGGUUGUUUCCUCGCCCCUUUUUGCUGUGUGCACCAGUCAUGCAAAUGAAACAGCAAAGAAAGUUAAGGAAGCGAGAUUUGAAAAAAAAAAAAACAGACGCAGUGCAAUAUGAAGAAAGAGCCUUUGUUUUUCCUGCCUAAGCGCAGUGCGUGCAAAGUGAAAAAAAAAAAGUCUUAUUUGUAGACUGGCUGUGUAUCGCUUGCAUAUGUAUAUUAUUAGAUCGUACUUUGUUAUUCCGUUCUUAUUUUUGUAAAAAAGAAAAAUGAAGGGUGGAUGAGAGCGUGUCUAAGAGACAUAAAUAUACCCUGCUCAAGAGGCGGAAAGUUUGUUCAUACAAUCACUGUCGUGUAUCAACGUUUCAUUUACUGUUUCUUUUUUCUCGUCUUCUGACGGAAGGAGUGAGGAAGAAAAAAAUAUAUAUUGACAAAAGAAGGUGGCGAAGCAAAACGCGACGAUGUGUAUAGGAUAUAGAUAUGUAUCUAUAUAUGUAUACUCUCUACACCCACUAAAGAAACACAUAUCAUGCACUUUUUUCACAGUUUGCUCACAUAUCUUGUCACGUAUGCAUGUGCUCGCUAGAGCGCUGUGCCGCCGCGGGCCCGCUCCCUGUGCUCCAGCGGUCGUUGAGGUCGAGGCAUUUGCCAUCGGAGGGAAGUGCAGUGUCGUUUGCAGUCACGAUAGGCGCCUUUUUUUAUUAGUUUAUUUUUGUUCGCAAUGCACCAUGGGAAGUCACGGUAAUGAAGAAGGCGUUCGUCCACGUGUAGACGUUCUUUCGGCAUCGCAGCGGCAGUCGCCCGUUCGCGAUCACAUUGGUCAUGACAGCACAUACAGUCGGCUUUAAAAUUAUAGGUACCACGAGGUCUGAGGAAACGUCGAUUUUUUCAGCAGUGCAGUACAGUAUUCGAUCAAGGAGAGCUGUACAUGUUGCUAGAGCUUCUUAAAACAGGCCAGAUAGGUAAAUUGAGAGCUGUCUGCAGAAGCAGAGGGAAUGUUCGGCUUCUGUUGAUGUGUGCGCGUGUGUCUCGUGCUUUCUAAACUUUGGUGCUCACGUAUUGUACGUGUUAGGGCGCCGUGAACUUUAAUGUGAACACUUGUUGGUCAGCACAAGGAGCUUACUAUGGUAUCGUUUGGGUACUGUACACGAUCGUCGCGACUGACGAUGGCCUGUUGAAGGUGAAUCUGAUACGUGUUCAUGUGGGCGUCGCCUUCGGCUCGCUAAUAUACACCAGCCAACAGGUGAACUUCUCGAAAUUGCUACCAGGCAUCCUGCAGCUUUAACGGCUUGGAUCUUACAUGCGUUGCGUUUCAUUCGUUUGGUCAGUUUCAUUGAGACGCUUUAUUUUCUAUAGUUUACAGAGGGUUGCAAGAAAAACAACUUGGUGUGCGAUAGAAGCCUCGUGUUAAUCGCUAUGGCAUGUUGCAGUAUGGUCGGCAAUAAAUGCGCUUUUCUGUCAGAUUUCUCUGAGACUCGCCAAAGCCGCGCAGGAUCGAUUACUGGCGUUUCACAUGAUACAUAGCUCCUGCUUGCGUCGAUCUAUUAAGCGGAGCCAAACUACAUCACUGCGGUGAAGAGGAGGUCAGUGACGAUGUCAUGGAGAUAGCGCAGAAACGGUGCCGUUGUUUAGGAUAAGGAUGUGAAUUACAAGAGAGGUAACCUUUUUUUUUUUGUCUUGUCUUAUGUCACACUUGUUGGUCUUCGCCUGGAAGGUGCAGAUCAAACGAUUUGCGAUGAUUCGCCGGGAGGUCGCCGUGGUCUCUGGCUCUUCAGUUUGCUCACACUUAUAUAUUAGCUUUAUUUUCUCUGAGUUUCGAAACGGCGCGCCUUCUCUGUCGAGGCUUUUUCGCUUACUCUAACGACCUGCUAAUGCCCGCCUAUUGUCGCUACGCGGCGCUGCGAUUGCGCCCGGUCUAAGGUCGCCCGGUCGGCCGCUGGUACGACGCGGAGCGCCUCCUUUCGAGGAAAUCGAGAGAAUAGGGUGAGCGACGACGCCCUUGGGGUUUUCUCUCUCUCUCUUUUUUUUUUUUCUCCGCCAAAACGGGCGCGUCGAUGCCAAGGUCUCAUUUAUGCAAACGAAAAAAAAAAGUAAUAGUAGUGUGUAAAACCACGACACAUAGAGACGGGGAGCAGACGACGAGGAAACAUGUAGCGAGAGAAAAAAUAUAUAUAUACAGCAGAACAUGGGUUCGUUUGUUUGUGUCGAGCUUUGUGUUUCACUCACUGUACAGCAGAAGUGAUGUGUGUGACUGUGUGUGUGUGUGCGCGUGACACGCCGGAUGUUUUUUCUUUGUUAUUUAUUUGCGGUUUUUGUUUCUCUUAUUCUCUCGUCUGCAUGAUAGGACAAAAAAAAAAGCUGUCUCUCGUUAUUCUCAGGAAGCAGACGUUACUAGUCUUACAUAGACUGCGUGCGCGUGGUGUCGUCCGCCUGCGUUCGUUUGCACCAGAUAAUAUAUCGUGUAUACAUACUAGUCGUACUGUUUCUGCCGUUGAUGCACCACUCUUUGUCUUGCGUUGCUCUGUGACUUUUUUUUUUUUUGCCUGCUCGUUGUUCUCCGUAUUGUGUGUAUAACGCGGAGAAGGAGAGCAAGAAAAAAAGACGCAUCAUGCAUUACAUACACAGUAUUUGAAAACUCGUAUAGUGAUGAUGCGCGGUAUAAAGUCGAGCGAUGGUAUUUGAUGUAUUGUAUACUUAUAUCGGGAAACAAAAUGGAGGCGAAUAAAAAGAGCAAACAAACGCCGCUAUUUGAUGCAAUAAACUCCGAAGAAGGCGUGUAAGCACCUCGAUCUGCUCGUCUCUCGAGGGAAUAAAGGAGAUGUUUAUAGAUGUUCUUCAC